AUGAUAACUCGCGAGGAUAUCGUUGCCCUUGAAGAGCGCUGUCUAGAGCAAAUACGUGAAGAUAAUCUCUAUUCGCUGAGGAACGAUGCCAAGCUACGCGCGGUAUUAUCGUCUAAAAACUAUGAAGAGUUCAAAAACAUCGUUGAUUCGGCGCACUUGACGCCUCUCAGCGCUAGCGACAAGAAUAAUCCUAAAACGAAGCACCGCAUUUGGAAUAGUUCUUCUCACGUUUAA